AUGGCAAAAUCCAUUAAAAGUGUUCCGUUCACAGAAUUUACGGAUCCCCAAAGCCAACUUGUAACUUCUGAAAACCAUAAUGCUUUCGAUCUUUACUGUGCUCAGGGUUGUGCUCUUAUUUUGCGUGCAAAUCUUGGAAAAUGGGUUGAAAGACCAAAAAAUAAGUUAAAAAUACCUGAUGGAAAAGAAUCCGACUCGGACAAUUCAUCUGAUGAUGAUUCUUCUAAUCAAGGAUUUUGGGCUUUGAAUGAUGUAAUGGCAUUCGAAAAUAUUGAUGUGACGAACACCAUAGUUACGGGGAUAAAAUAUUUAUGUUGUCCUGGUUGUGAUUUAGCCCCGUUAGGAUAUCAUGAUACUAAUACGAAAAAUGAAUUUUUAAUUGCUGUGGAUCGUGUCAGUUAUUUUCGCGAGUAA